AUGGGAGCAAGCAGUGUGCCAAGACACAAAUUUAUUACUUGGCUUGCUAUUCAACGACGACUGGCCACUGUCGACAGGCUGGAGAAAUGGGGCAUUAAAGUGGAUAAAAAAUGUGUACUGUGUACCUCAGGCAGAGAUGAGACUCUUGAUCAUCUGCUAUUUGACUGUGCGUAUUCAUGCCAUAUCUGGCACUCCUUAUUGAGGUGGAUGUGUAUUAACAGACAGCUUACAAAGUGGGAAGAUGAAGUCAACUGGCUGGCACAACAGAUGAAACACAACCGAGCUAGAGCAGAGAUAUUAAAGUUUUUGUUUGCUGCAGCUAUAUACAAUGUCUGGAUCGCGAGAAAUUGCAGAAGGUUUCAAAGGGUAUCACAAAAAAGCUCACAACGGGUAAAGGAGAUUGCCCUGCAAUUGCACAUCAAGGGCAACUACCAGAGGAAGUGGCAACUUAUGUUGCAAAAACUUAACAGUUUUCCUAUUUAG